UGUGGGUCCCUUAAAAAGAAACCUUAAUAAUCAAUCUCUAAGGCCAUGACAACCGUUAGUUAAUUACUUAAAUAAAAACGUUAGAAUCUUAGUUUGAUUAUCUGUGGAAGACAAGUAUUAAACUGCAUUUAGCUUUUUGAGUUCUUGUCUCCUUCUAAUUGCUUCUCCGCACGCUUCUCGAUCCUUCAAAAAUAUCAUUUUCUUUAUUUUCUUUCUUGUUUGUUUCGUCUCCUUCCUCGAUUCAACGAUCCUUAAGAGUUUGCACCCAAAGUUACAUAAACACCCCAACGUUACAUACGAAGCAUGUGACAACAUUUCUUCUAAACCUUUAUCUUUCUUCUCUGAAUCUCUAAGAGUCAUAAUGAUAAAUCCAUUACUAUCAAUCCAGAACUCCCCAACCACGUUCAUGAAUCCACCAUUUUCGUUCUUUAACACAAAACUACAACAACAACAACCAGAGAAGCAGAACAAGAGCAAUACUCUGUUCAUUGUGGAAACCAAAUCAAGAAGAGCCACGACAUUCUCAUGUCUCUCAAUAUCCAGAAAAAGAAGAAGCAACGGUGUUUCUGAAUCUGAAGAAACUGUGAGGUAUGAACAAAUGGGUGGUGGAGGAAUCUCGGUUUUGUGUGGGUUAGGCUAUUGGGUGCAGGGCUCCAGAUGUUUCCCAUGGCUUGCACUUAACUUCCACAUGGUUAACACCCUCGGACUCCAACCAUCCACCCUUCAGCUUGUGCAGUACUCUUGCCUUCUCCCUAUGGUGGCUAAACCUCUCUACGGAGUUCUCUCAGAUGUUCUUUACAUCGGUAGUGGUCGCAGAGUUCCUUACAUCUCCAUUGGAGUGUCUCUGCAGGUACUAGCAUGGGGCACAAUGGCACUCUUCCAAGGAGCUAGAGAAGUUCUUCCUUCUCUCAUAGCAUGUGCCCUGCUCAGUAACCUUGGUGCAUCCAUCACCGAGGUUGCUAAAGACGCUCUCGUCGCUGAAUACGGUCUAAGAUACAGAAUAAACGGUCUUCAGUCCUACGCCCUCAUGGCUUCAGCAGCUGGUGGAGUCUUAGGAAACUUGCUUGGAGGAUAUCUCUUGCUCAGAACACCUCCUAAGAUCUCCUUUCUUGUCUUCACCGCGGUCUUGUCUCUUCAGCUCCUUGUCUCUUUAUCUUCAAGAGAAGAGUCUUUUGGUUUGCCACGGAGGAAAGAGACAAGCUCGGUUGUGAUGAGUGUAAAGAAACAGUUGUCUAAUCUCAUGGAAGCUAUCCAGGAGGAGGAUAUCUCACAGCCUAUGAUCUGGGCGGUAGUGUCCAUCUCAAUGGUCCCACUUCUCUCUGGAUCAGUGUUCUGUUACCAAACACAAGUUCUGAACUUGGACCCUUCGGUUAUUGGAAUGUCCAAAGUGAUUGGACAAGUGAUGCUUCUUUGUCUAACCGUGGUCUACGACCGAUACUUAAAGACACUUCCCAUGAGACCACUCAUCCACAUCGUCCAGCUCUUGUACGCGUUAUCAAUCCUCCUCGACUAUGUUUUGGUGAAGCAGAUAAACCUCGGAGUUGGUAUCUCCAACGAGGUCUUUGUCCUUUGCUUCUCUAGCUUAGCAGAGAUCCUCGCACAGUUCAAGAUCCUUCCAUUCGCAGUUCGGUUAGCUAACAUGUGUCCUCAAGGCUGUGAAGGAUCGGUCACAUCGUUUCUCGCUUCAUCUCUGUGUCUAUCACAGAUUGUUAGCGCUUUCUUGGGAGUAGGAUUAGCUAAUGUGAUAGGUGUAACGUCUAGUAACUAUUCGAACUUGCCUUCAGGGAUUAUAGUACAGUCUCUAGCGGCUUUGGUGCCUUUGUGUUUCAUACACUUCGUCCCAAUGUCACAGCCUGUGGUUGAGAAGGGAACGAAGAGAGGUUUAAGUACGAGAAGCAGCAGAUGUAGUAGAAGAGUUGGGAGAGUAAUACGUCAAGAAAGUGUAGCUUAUCGGCGAGUAAGAGAGUCAGAAGAAGCACAAAGAUAGCGUAAUACAUUAGAAUAAUGUAUACAUUGUUUAUAAUGAGAUUUUCAUUUUUGCAUAAGAAAA